AAGGUAGAUAUCUGCUUUUUUUUCUUUCUCUGUCAACAAGUUUGUGUUGAAAAGAACUAGGGCGCAGAGUUGUGUCGAGUGACCUACCUCAAGCUCAAGUGAGUCUAGAUGUUAGCAGUGACAAGCUUGUACUUACAGUCUAGGUCACACACAAGCAAAGCUAACCAUGUCUUCUUUCGAUGAGAAAGUGAUCCAAUUCUUUAAGCUUGCUGACAAAGACAACAGCAACAGUCUGAGUCUUGACGAACUGGUCCAGGUGUUUCGUAAGUGUGGAGACAACAGACCGGACUCUCAGAUCAAGGCCCUGUUCAAGUUCAUUGACACCAACAGUGACAACAAAGUUUCAUUGGAAGAACUGAAAACUGUCUUGGCCAAACAGCCUCCAAAACAAAAGAGAGAAUGUGAUCUGAGAGCUGCCUUUAAAGAGAUAGACAAGGAUAACUCUGGAUCUAUUAAUAGCAAAGAACUUGAAGUGUUCCUCACUAAGAAUGGCUAUGACGAUGAUGUCAAGGCCGUUAUUGCUGCAGCAGAUAAAAAUGGCGACGGUGUGAUCAACUUUGAGGAGUUUUUGGCAUUGAUCAAUUAGAUGAUAAGAAUGACUUUAAAAUCUGAAGAAAAAAAUAUCUGAUGAUAGUUUCUUUUUCAAAGCUUAUAUCAACUCACUCUGCCUUGAUCAACUAUUGUACACGUCAUUUCUCUCACUUCCCAUUCUCGGAUCAAGUUGAAACUUCGCAUAAUUAUUCAUUGUCCUUAAAAAAACAUUUAUCAAUUUUAAAAAAUUAACCAAUUAAUUUAUUAGAGAUAAUUAAUUAAUUUUUAGAAAAUUGGAAAUAAAUUCUAGAUAUUGAUGUAAAUAUUCUUCUUUCCCAUGUAGAAUUGUUAUAUUUCUAUAUUUUGCUUGCGUACAUUUUAGUUUUGUCUUUCAAAUGUUUGUUCCAUAUCCUGAUCUGUUGUAGGCCUAUAUGAUGAAUGACUAUUACUUUAUUGGUUGGGUUCAAAGAACAUUAAUUCAUCACACAUGUAGCACACUACGGGAAAUAUUUGUUCUGUCUCAGUGUAUUCAUGGAUCUAAAUCAGUGGUUCCAAAACUUGUUUGCCUCUUGCCGUGUUUCCCAGUGAUCGCUGGGCCCCCUGCUUUGCUAGUUAUGCAGUUUUCAAAAUUCACAACUUUAUGUUUCUUUCCUUCUCCCUGAUUUCUAAGUCGUGAAGAUUUACUAAGGAAAUUUUAAUUUAAAAUCAAGCUAAAUAAAAUGUAAUAUUACAUGAAUUUACCAAACGAAAAUAAAUAUAACGCCUAUUA